GGAGCGUGUAUGGGACCCGGGGAAGCAGCAGCCCGUCCAGACCAGAGACGGACCAGUCCGCCAGAUAAUCAACCCGCUUCACGGAAGACGCGCGUGAGCGCAUGAGGAGCCAGGUGGGUGUAGUUUGCCAUACAGAACAAGACAGUAUGUGAAAAUUUAGACGUCACUAAGAAGCCUUUUAGAGUUUUGUGUCAUCUCCAGUGAGUGGAGCAGCCGUGAGCGUCUCUCUGCCCCACCACCCCGCCCGGUACAUCCUGAAUCUUGGCAGGAUCCUCGAUGACCUCUUUAUCAACCCUCCCCAGCUCCCUUUCUCCUCCUCUUUCUCCUCCUCCCUCUUCAUAUUCCCUUUCUUAAACUUUCCUCCCCCUCCUGUGCGUCUCAUAGCCACAGGACUAUUACUCCAACCUUGGGAAGAGAGCUACACGCUUUCUGGCAAAGGAUGAAGCAGGUCUUUCUGCCAACAGCAAACAGGAGAUAGAGAAGAGACAUAAAGGAGAGGAAGGAGGGAGGGGGCGAGUCAGAGAACAAGGCUUGGAGAAAGAGAGAGAGAAGAGAGACAGUGAGAGGGAAGAGAGUGCGAGUACUAAGAGAAAGGCAACAACAACCUUCAAGAUGCCCCGCAGAGAGCAAAAGACAAGUUUCACUUGAGAACAUGAGUUAGCAGGAUCAGAUCUGGAUCUGUCAGAUCUGGGUCUCUGUGGGUUUUGCUGACCGGCCUCCUGGCUGAUACACACGGAUCUGACCACCAUCGGUGACGACAUCCUGUCACGCGCACACUCACAGCUGGUGCUUUCUGGGCACUUAUUUCCUCUUUGCUAUGCGUGAGUGAUAUUGCGUCGGCCAUGCCAGCCAAAGGGAAAUACCUGUUGAAUGACCAGGAGCUCAAACAUGAGGCUCUGUACCGCAAAUUCUCCUGCAUCAGUCAAUAUCAGCCGCUGGUUCUCCUCCUUGGGCUCUCCAUGCUGUCCUGUGGAAUUCUCCUAAUCCUCUUCUUUGCCCUGGGACUGAAUGCGGAAAAGCACUGUGCCUUUGUGAGUGUGGUGAGCUGCAGCCUGUUGGUGUUCCUGGCCGUAUUUGUGCUUGUGUGUACGGAGACCCUGACUCAGCGCUGGAGGCGAUUGCUGGGCCUCGUGAUCUGGGCCACACACCUAACCAUGGGCUACACCUUCAUCUUCAGCGGCCCGCGCAUUCUCCCCUGGGACCAGGUGCCCUUCUUCCUCUUCAUCAUCUUCACCGUCUACACUAUGCUGCCUUUCCAGCUGUGGUAUGCUGUAGUGCUGAGCGUCAUCUCCUCGCUGUCCCACAUCCUGGUCCUCACCUUGCACCUCACCAUUUUCAGCCAGCAGACUGCUCCUUACCUAGCCAACCAGCUGCUGUCCAAUGCGGUGGUGUUUCUAUGUGGCAGCGUGGUUGGAGCCUUUCACAAGGUCCUGAUGGAAAAGACUCUCAGGCAGACCUUCCAAGACACCCUGAGGUUCCUUAGCAUGCGCAUGAAGCUGGAGAUUGAAAAGAGACAACAGGAGAAUCUGCUCCAGUCUGUGCUGCCAGUUUACAUCUCCAUGAAGAUGAAGCUGGCCAUCAUGGAACGCCUGCAGGACUGCAAAGACAAAGAGGAGCGGCAGCGACUGGUCAAGGACAACAACUUCCACAGCCUCUAUGUGAAGAGGCAUGAAAACGUCAGCAUCCUCUAUGCUGACAUUGUCGGCUUCACCCGGUUGGCCAGUGACUGCUCUCCUAAGGAGCUGGUCAUUAUGCUAAAUGAACUGUUUGGAAAGUUUGACCAAAUUGCCAAGGAAAAUGAGUGCAUGAGAAUCAAAAUCCUCGGAGACUGCUACUACUGUGUGUCAGGGCUGCCAGUCUCACUCCCCAAGCAUGCCAAGAACUGUGUGAAGAUGGGCCUGGACAUGUGUGAAGCCAUCAAGCAGGUGCGGGAGGCGACAGGUGUGGACAUCAAUAUGAGGGUGGGUGUACAUUCUGGCAACGUGCUGUGUGGAGUAAUUGGCUUACGCAAGUGGCAAUUUGAUGUGUGGUCACAUGAUGUCACUCUGGCCAAUCACAUGGAGUCAGGAGGUCUCCCAGGGCGUGUCCACAUCACUGAGGCUACCCUUAAGCAUCUAAACAAGGCUUAUGAGGUAGAGGAAGGCAAUGGCCAUCAAAGGGACGCUUACCUGAAGGAGCUCAAUAUCAAAACAUACCUGGUAAUCGAUCCACGGUCAAAAGACCAAUCGCUGAACAGCCGCAGUAUGCCUAAACCACGGGUGAACGAUGGUCUGAAGAUGCGGGCAUCUGUUCGUAUGACCCGUUACCUGGAGUCGUGGGGGGCCGUCAAACCCUUUGCCCACCUGCAGAAUCGAGAGGGCUUCACCACAGACACCAUGGUCAAUGGCAAGUCUCGCUGCAAGGACAUUCCUUUGCGAUCGGUGCCUUGUUCUAAGAUCACUGAAAGCCUUGAUGAGUCUCUAGAGGAGCCCUUCUCCUUUCCUGCUCCUCCGUUCAACAGCUCUAAGAACAAGUCCCAGAAGAGCAAGUUUGAUGAGGAGCUGCACAAUGAGAUGACCACCACCAUUGAUGAGCUCAGCAGCAAGCAGUGGUCUAAGUCUGAGGAGACAAGGAACUUAUCUCUGUGGUUUCCAAAGAAAGAUUUGGAGAAACAGUAUCGAGCCUUGGACUUGCCCAUGUUUAAACACUAUGUCGGCUGUGCCGCCCUCAUCUUCCUCUGUAUCUUCAUGGUUCAGAUGUUUGUCACAAACAAUCCUGAGAUGCUGGGGAUAUCAUUUGGAGUGCUGGCCUGUGUUCUCCUGCUGACUUUGGCUGUCUGUUUCACUGGUCACCUGCAGCGCUUGUUUCCAGAGAAGCUGUCCAGCUGUCAGUGGCUCCCCGCGGUGUCGGAGGCGGUGGUGAAGCGUCCGUGUGUGCGCCUCCCCCUGGCCGCCGUCACCACUGCGGUCAUCGUCAUACUGGCAGUGUUUAACCUGUGCUUCAUAGAGCCCUGUUUGACAGAAUGUUCCGGCGAUAGUCCUCGCCUGCUUAACACAAAUGUCUCCGGCGAGCUGAAAUCAGAUGAAGGCCUCUUCUACCUGCCUUACUCUGUGUACAGCUGUAUCCUCUCUCUCAUUGCCUGUGGAGUCUUCCUGAGGGUGAGCUUCGAGCUCAAGGUGCUCUUCCUCACCGUGGCUUCCACGGCUUACUACAUCAUCAUCCUCAGCUCUAAGAGGAGGCUCUUCAUCACCUACGGGAAUGUCCUCUAUGCUGGGAUCGCUGACUGGAACAGCAGCAGCAUUGAAGAUGGGUCCAUCCUUAGGGGGCUUGGCCUGGUGAAACACCCCCAAGUGAUGAGCUGCAUAUAUAUCACCCUGUUCCUGGUUACCAUGCUCAUCAUCUCACAACAGAACGAGUCCUGCUUCCGCCAGGACUUCCUGCUGAAGAACAAGAACCACACAGAGCAGGAUGAGAUCGAGACCAGAGAAAACUUGAACCGCCUGCUACUUGAGAACGUGCUGCCGGCCCAUGUAGCGGCCCUAUUUGUGGGGGAGAAUAAAAAGAACGAGGAUCUGUACUACAAGUCCUACAACUGUGUCUGUGUGAUGUUCGCCUCGGUACCUGAUUUUAAAGAGUUUUACACCGAAUGUGACAUCAACAAGGAGGGUCUGGAAUGCCUCAGGCUGCUCAACGAGAUCAUUGCUGACUUUGAUGAGCUUCUAUCCAAGCCGAAGUUCAGUGGCGUGGAGAAGAUCAAGACGAUCGGCAGCACUUACAUGGCUGCUGCUGGGCUCAGUGGGACCCCUGGUCAGGAGAAUAACCAGGACAGGGACAAACAACAGGCCCAGAUUGGCAACAUGGUGGAGUUCGCUAUUGCUCUAAUUGGCAAGCUGGAUGGCAUCAACCGACACUCAUUUAAUAGCUUUCGACUCCGUGUGGGUAUUAACCACGGCCCUGUGAUAGCGGGGGUGAUUGGGGCGAGAAAGCCUCAGUAUGACAUCUGGGGCAACACCGUCAACGUGGCCAGCCGGAUGGAGAGCACCGGGGAGCUCGGAAAGAUUCAGGUCACAGAGGAAACGUCUGACGUGCUGCAGAAGCUGGGCUACUCCUGCGAGUGCCGAGGCUUCAUCAACGUGAAAGGGAAAGGGGAGCUCAAGACCUUCUUUGUGAGUACAGACAUGAGCAAGCAUCAGGGCAUGGGCCUGAGCUGAGGCCGGUUCGGUCCGGUUCCAGCGACUCAUGGUAGAACGCACCUUUACAUAGACUCACAUACCACAGUCAAGAGUUUACAGAUUCCCACAAGCCCCGCGCGUUUAGGGCUGGACUAAUGACAGCGCAUUAGUAAUCUCCAUAAUCUCUCUAACUAAAAUGUCUCAAGGAUUUGGCAGAACUGCUGCAAUGAUGCACUGUGGCGGGGAACUGUCCGAGUCAUCGGGAUUUGGCAGUCCUGGACUGUAUGCUGGAAAGGAUUCUACCUUUUUCUAUUCUAGACAUAUAUUUACGUCCAACAAUUAGUCACUUAUAUUCUUCUUUUGAAAUUUGUGAUGGACAAAACAGUGUGUUAUACUGAUGCCAAAUACUGUUGUGAACUUCCUGAAAAAAGCCAUCCCCUCCCAUUUAUGGAAAAAAAAAGCACGAAUCUUCACUGUCUGCGGGGGUCUUGGGUGUUGAGGCAUUGGUUCUAAGAUGGGGAAGAUCCUGACUGGAUCAUGUUUUUGUACCCAUUCUGUUUGGUUUCCCUGGUGGACACUUCUGUUACUGUGUAAUGGAAUGUACGAGGCUAUGCUAUUUUCAUUUUCAGAGACUGCACAUAAAUUUUGUUUCAGACAUGAAAGUACAAUGCAAUUAUGUUGUUUUGAAUAACUGCUGGAGAAAAAAUGGUUGAAAAAAGAUAUAUUGCUUAUUCAAAUGUUUUAUGGACAUGUUCAGAUUUAUAUAAGUUUCCACUUUCUUGCUAAGCUACAAUUUUGAACAAUUUUACGCUCUGAAGUUUUGACGUUUUUUUGUCUGUAGUAGGUAAACAUUUUCUCAGUUCCUGAAAGGGUCAGGAUUAGAUUUGUAGUCGACCUUUUAAAAGGUAAAAGCUAUGACCAGUUGCAGCUUUGCAAGCUGACCAGAAAGUAACGUCAUAUUUUCAUUUGUAUACAUGUAUGAAAGAUUAUGAGAUGAAAUGCAUAUGAAGUAGUGCAGUGUGUCAUCUUUCAACUGUAGUGUUUUGUUCGGCAUAGAUAAGUCGCCAUAGAUCUCCAACGAGUCUCGCAUUGCCUGUCUGUACCUAUGCUGCAAUGAGGGAAUCACAGACAUUCUCCUUGGUAUCCUUAGUCAAGCUCCUCUUACUGCCAGUCUGUUGUAAAUAUUUCUGUCUGUUGCUCUGGUUGUGAGCAGGCAGUAGACUGUGUUGCUCUCUGUGCCUCAGAAAAAUCGCCUUAAAUAUUUUAUUUCCCAUUGUGUCCGUAAAUUUGACUUCAUAAGGUAUUAACCGUCAUGUGAACAAAUGUGAGAGUGACUUUUGUACAGAUGUGGAUUGUAAUAAAUGUUUUCAUAAGA